CAAGCCACAUUAGGGGGGAAUUUUGGAGCUUCACCGCUUAAACCCUGCGCAUCUUAUCCUUGAAAAACCCUCGUCCUUGUAGCUCAAUCCAUGGCGUCCUGGUUUGAACCCAUCAUCUGAAUUACCCUUUUCUUCGAAAAGCUUUCGUCUUUCUCACAAAUGUCGUCUACGUAUCCCACCCACUUCUUUACUGCUUCCACUCCCCGUCGACCUUCCUCUGAAAUGUCUCUUGGAACCCAUUCUCCUUUUCUUUCCAAAUUCGAGGGAUUGUCAUGGUAUACAAAGACAAAUGGCUGCAUUUUAAGUUUUAAACCAAAUGGGCAAUUUCAGAAUGCUAGGUCGAAUCUCCUGUCUAAAAUAAAGGUGACUGCAGGACAGUCCGGUGGCCCUGCAAAGUUAAAUUUGGAUGCUAUCAUUGAGAAGGCAAGAACAUUGUGGGAUAGUUCUCCUCAGCCAGUCAAAAGCUUCCCUUGGAACAGAACAUUGGGGAAUUUUAUUCAACUUAUCCUUGAUCUCACUUUGGCAGUCAUCAAAUACUUAUGUGCACCAUUGCUGGCCGUUUCCUCCCUCAGUGAGAUGUCCUACUGUGCGCAUGAAAAGAAAUUAUUCCUUGUCCCAAUUCCACUACUUAUUGGCAUUGUUGUUGCUGGGCUUCUAAAAGAUGCUGCCUUGGAGCUAUCUCCAUUUCUCAAGGAUGCAGAAGUUCCCUGGCAUCUGAUUGCAAUUGCGAUUUUCUUCACAUUGCUUAAAUUGCCAGGCCCAUAUUACCCAUAUUGGGGCCGCAUUUUCAUUCCACACUUUGCAAAUGGGGGAUUAUUGAUGACUCUGUGGUCUCUGUUUUUGUGGUAUAGAAGGCCCCGUGAAACCGUUCUUCAGCAGAAAUCUUUAAAUGGCAGUGGUUCUAUGCCAAACACACCCUAACUUUAUUGGGACAUCCCUUGCAGCAGGUGAUAAUUGUUUUUAUUGAUGAAGGUUGGGGUGAUUGGGCAGUCUACACUGCUGAUCGAUCCAUCACUUGACACAGGAGAUGGUGGAUACUGAUAAGAAUUUGAAUAAUUUAGUGCUUGGGCACCUGGGGAAAACUUGAUGAAUGCUAGACAUGAUGAGCUCUUUUACGCAAUUCCCUUUUUUCUUCUUUUUCCUUCUGAGAGUAGAAACUACAAGGGGAUUAUAAAGCUUCUUGCUGUCAGAUAGCAUUUCUUUUGUUGUUAUGGUUAUAGUAGACUUGUAGAAUACUAAAUGAGUAAAUCUCUUAUAGAGAAACAGAAAGAGAGUCUCUGGUUUCUAAAUAUUUGAUCUUUUUGCAGACUGUGGAUCACAUUUAUAGUGGGUGGAACUGUGUAAGAUGAUUGUGUUAAAACUUCUAUGAUGGUUCAUUGUAUAAUCCAACUGAUACAGGCCGAGUGACUGAGCUUGAGAUGAUGGAGGGAAAAGAGUAUAAUUAUAGAUUUAAGAUUUCCAUCUCAUGUGGGCUAGCUAAGCGAGACGUGCCUGUCACAGAAAAUAUUCUUUUAUUUCCUUUUCUAUUUCAA